AUGGAAGAAUCCACUACAGAACUUAAUAAUUCUAAAAAUUACAAAUCUAAUGAAAAUAGUUAUAUUGAGGAGGAAAAUCCUUUGGCUCUUAUCGCAAGUGAUAUUUUUAGUUCAGGACCCGAAACAAAAGACAACGAAUCUAUAAAUACCAAUAGCGAUGAUAAUAUGGUUGGAAAAAUCGGUACGAUUAAAGCUGCUUCAAUUCUAGCAAAGUCAGCCAGUGUCAAAUUAACAAAAUCGAAACCCAAUUAUUUUUUAUCUGUUCGACUUGAUUCACAAAUUAUACAAAAAAGUUUUAACGAAUUUUCUAAUUAUGUAACAAACAAAUUCCCGGAAUAUAAAAAAUUACUUAUAAAGCCUCAACAGAUACAUAUCACACUCUUUGUACUUCAUCUAGGAAAUGAUGAUAAUAUCGAAAAUGCAAAGAAUUGUCUAUUAAAUAGUAAAGAAAUUAUGAAUGAAUCUUGUCCAAAUGGCAAGCUAUCCCUACAUUUUCAAGGAAUCGACAUAUUUGAUCGAGGUCGCGUAGUCUACACUAUACCAAAGAAUAGCGAUGAUUUGUUAUCAUUAACGAAAUUAACUUAUGCUCUUUAUGAAAGAUUUCAACAAGAAGGUCUUGUGGAUAAUGAUUUAAAGAAAGAAUUUAUACCUCACGCGACACUUGUGAAGUUGAGAAAACGGAUGAUAAUUAAACACAAAGAUGGAAAAAAAGAAGUUGUUAAUCGCAUUCCACCUGAGAUUUACGAACAUUUUAGGGACUUUGAUUUUGGAACUCAUUGUGUUAAAGGCGUGGAAUUGUCUUCAAUGCUUUUACCCAAAGAUGAUGAUGGAUAUUACAUGAGAUUGGAACAUAUAGAAUUUUAA